CCGGUUCUUAGCCAUCAUGGCGGCGGCCGUGGUGCAGCGUCGGGGCUGAGCUACAGCGAGUGUAGUGGGCUUCUGCCCGGGGUACGAUCGUCGGUGGGACCGGAGCGCGGGCGGGCGCGGCCCCCGGGACCAUGUCCGGGUCCGAAACCGAGCCCUUCCUCAGCCAGGCGGAUGACACAAACGACAGGCCGGUGCCUGGCACCUCGGCAUUACCGGGGUCCAUGGGGAACCCGAAGUCCGAGGAUCCGGAGGUCCCGGACCGGGAGGAGCUGCAGCGCAUCACGGGCUUGUCUGCCGGCCAUUCGGCUCUCAUAGUGGCCGUGCUGUGCUACAUCAACCUUCUCAACUACAUGGACCGCUUCACCGUGGCUGGCGUCCUUCCGGAUAUUGAGCAGUUCUUCAGUAUCGGAGAUAGUAGCUCCGGCCUCAUUCAGACCGUGUUCAUCUCCAGUUACAUGGUGUUGGCACCUGUGUUUGGCUACCUGGGUGACAGGUACAAUCGGAAGUAUCUCAUGUGUGGGGGCAUUGCCUUCUGGUCCCUGGUGACACUGGGGUCAUCCUUCAUCCCCAGAGAGCGGUUCUGGCUGCUCCUCCUGACUCGGGGCCUGGUUGGGGUCGGGGAGGCCAGUUACUCCACCAUCGCACCCACCCUCAUCGCUGACCUCUUCGUGGCAGACCAGCGGAGCCAGAUGCUCAGCGUGUUCUACUUUGCCAUCCCAGUGGGCAGUGGUCUGGGUUACAUUGCAGGCUCCAAAGUGAAGGAUGUGGCUGGGGACUGGCACUGGGCUCUGAGGGUGACACCAGGCCUAGGAGUGGUGGCUGUACUGCUGCUCUUCCUGGUGGUACGGGAGCCGCCAAGGGGAGCUGUGGAGCGCCACUCAGACUCGCCACCCCUGAACCCCACCUCGUGGUGGGCAGAUCUGAGGGCUCUGGCAAGAAACCCUAGUUUCAUCCUGUCUUCCCUUGGCUUCACUGCUGUGGCCUUUGUCACGGGCUCCCUGGCUCUGUGGGCUCCUGCAUUCUUGCUGCGUUCCCGUGUGGUUUUGGGGGAGACCCCACCCUGUCUUCCUGGAGACUCUUGCUCUUCUUCUGACAGUCUCAUUUUUGGGCUCAUCACCUGUCUGACCGGGGUCCUGGGUGUGGGCCUGGGCGUGGAGAUCAGCCGCCGCCUCCGCCGCUCCAACCCCCGGGCCGACCCGCUGGUCUGUGCUGCUGGCCUCCUGGGCUCUGCACCCUUCCUCUUCCUGUCCGUUGCCUGUGCCCGUGGUAGCAUCGUGGCCACCUAUAUUUUCAUCUUUAUUGGAGAGACACUUUUGUCCAUGAACUGGGCCAUCGUGGCUGAUAUUCUGCUGUAUGUGGUGAUCCCUACGAGACGCUCCACUGCUGAGGCCUUCCAGAUUGUGCUGUCCCACCUUCUUGGUGACGCUGGGAGUCCCUACCUCAUUGGCCUGAUCUCCGACCGCCUCCGCCGGAGCUGGCCUCCCUCCUUCUUGUCCGAGUUCCGGGCCCUGCAGUUCUCGCUCAUGCUCUGUGCCUUUGUCGGGGCACUGGGCGGUGCGGCCUUCCUGGGCACCGCCAUUGUCAUUGAGGGUGACCGCCGGCGGGCCCAGCUGCAUGUGCAAGGUCUGUUGCAUGAGGCAGAGCCCGAAGAUGACCGUAUUGUCGUGCCCCGGCGAGGCCGCUCCACCCGGGUCCCUGUGUCCAGUGUGCUCAUCUGAGGGGCCGUCACUCACCUACCUGCAUACCUACCACAGCCGGUCUUAGGGCAACCCCAGCAGGCACCUGGGCCCGAGCCCUUGGCCUGGCCCAGCAUCUAGGAGCGGUUUUGGACCAUGUUCUGGCUCCCACACACUACACAGGCAGCCAAGGGUGGGCAGUGAGGGUCUGGGAGGGGACCCCGCUCUACGGGAGCAGCUCCAGGGUCUCGGUGCUAUUUGUACUGAAUAAAAUUUGUAGCCAG